UGUUCCUGAGCGAGAGUGUAAAAUUUAGUCAUCGAGAGAUUUCAUAAGCUGCUGCUGCUGCUGCUGCUGCUGGGUCCUUCGUCUUCUUCGCAGUGCCCAGCGCGUGCUCUGCUCUCUCCGGAGUUCCGAUCGAGCAGUUGAAAGAAAGUCAUGGACCCCGCGGAACGUAGGUACUUGGAGGAUGAGGACACUCCUAUGAUGAAAGUGAUCAAGGGCGCAACCACGGGUUUUGCCGCUGGUACUAUCUGGGGGACCGUCGUCGCAACUUGGUAUGACGUACCUCGUGUCGAGAGGAAUGUUGCUCUUCCUGGGCUGUUGAGGACGUUAAGGAUGAUGGGUAAUUAUGGAAUGACGUUUGCUGCUAUUGGUGGAGUUUACAUUGGGGUAGAACAGUUGCUGGAGAAUCAGAGGAUGAAAAGGGACUUCGUCAAUGGAGCUGUUGGCGGUUUUGUUGCUGGGGCUACUAUUCUUGGUUAUAAAGGAAAGAGCAUUUCCUCGGCCAUUUCUGCUGGAUCCGCUUUGGCAGUCACAUCUGCUUUGCUAGACAUUGGUGGCCAGACCACAAGAGUAGAUACUGGCAAGGAGUACUACCCGUACACUACCAAGAAGAAAACAGCUGUUGAUUCAUGACUUUGUUGAUUGAUUCUGCCGUUGGAGAGGAGACUAUAGCUGGUCGGUGGAAAUUUACUCGAUCACAUCUUUGCUUUGAGAGAUGUAAUGUCGUACUCUUUAGCCAUCUUUAUUUUUUGUGUCGCCAAGCCUGUAUGAAUGUUUUCCAAUAAAUAUGCUCUUUUUCUUCUGAGAGUUGUUUAACCUUGAUAAGUUGGAGACAUUUGGCGCAGCUUCAAUGCCUACUUUGGAUCUAAUAGUGUCAUAUUUCAGCA